CUUCAUUUCCUAUGUUCAGGGCUCAAAAGAUAAAAAAAUCGGCAGGUGUGGCCAGCAAUAUCACACGAAUUAGAAAUGACAUCGCAGUAGGCCAAAAGACAUUUUCGGUUUUUAAUGGGCGUAGAACCUUGAAAACAGCAUCUUCUUCCAAGGUAGUUAGUAAACCCACUGGUUCGUUCAAACCUGAUGGCUCUUCUAAACCCAACGGUUUCCGUCUGUCUAACACAUUACUAUGGGCAAAUCUAAUUUUUCCAAUGCCCGUGAUUGCUUCAACAAUGUAUCGUCAUUAUGCUAAAGGUCCCCCUGCAAAGACCUGGACUCUUACUUCUCAUAUAAUCAUUGCUGUUUUGCGUAAUCUUCUUGUUCACUGCAAUAAAUUUACCGUCGAAGAAGUACAGAAAGCGAGCUCUUCAAGAAAAUUACCAAUUCCCUCAAAUAUAUCGUCUAGAGAGUUCCUAGUUCCCAAAAACUACAGGGAUAUCGCAGGCAAUUCAUUAAAAAAGGCCUUAUCACCAGCUGAUGAGAAAGCUAUUGACUGGGAUUGGGAAAAGGAUCGUUUGACAAGUCCGCCUAUUAACGGCGAGUGGCUGGAAUCAAAAGGAGAUUUAUUGGAUCCUCGCAAAGAUAGUACUAUACUGUACUUGCAUGGCGGCGCUUAUUACAUUGGAUCUUACGGCUUGUAUAGACAAUUUCUAAGCAACAUUAUCAAGCAUUUUAAAGGCCGUGUCUGUGCUAUCGAUUACCGUUUAGCGCCUCAGCAUCCCUUCCCAGCGGCUGUUGAAGAUGCAUUAGCCACUUAUCUUUAUCUGAUUGAUCCUCCCAAAGAAGCUAAUCUGAAACCUAUUGACCCCAAAAAAAUUGUCAUUGCUGGAGACUCUGCUGGUGGUGGUCUUUCGUUUGCAUUACUUAUGGCUAUCCGUGAUGCUGGAUUACCUGCUCCAGCUGGUGCAAUGACACUGUCCCCCUGGAUGGAUCUUACUCAUUCAUUGCCAUCGAUUUUAUCAAACAUAAUGACUGACUAUCUCCCGCCCAGUGGAUUUAAGCAUGCUCCUUCGCCCGCUUUGGACUACGCUCAGCUCCCACAAAGAGAAGACCAUACGAAAUUAUUGGAAAAUGCAAAAGCCGAGGCUAAAUCCUCAAGCGUUGACGCUGCUACCAAACAUACUGAAAAUGACGCUGUAUCUGAUAGAAAAUCCAUUGGCCCCUUUGGUGAAGCUGUACCUACCCCUGGUCCAGGAGAGGAAAACGUUUAUCGUGUUCAAUUUUAUGCUAGUAAUGAUACACUUAAAUUACCAUUGGUUAGCCCUAUUUUUGAUCGAAAGCAUUUAAGAGGACUUCCUCCGAUCUUAGUGCAAUGUGGUGGCGCAGAAAGAUUACGUGAUGAGUCAAUAUUCUCAACAUUGAUGGCUACAAACACUUUUCCCGGUGCCGAUGAAGAAAGUUUAAAUUAUGGUAAACCUACCCAAGUUGCAUUGGAGAUAUAUGAAGAUCAACCUCACGUUUUUCAAAUUCUGUUUGCCCAUAAGCCUACUUCACGCUCAAUAAAAAGCUUGGCUGCUUUUGCUCGUGAUGUUACCAAUUCACCUGAGGACAAAGAUGAAAAAUUAGAUGUACCACGUUAUGUGAUGAAUGACACUGUGACAAUCAAAAAUGUUUCGCAUAAGGGAAAAAUAACGGAUGUUACAAAGGAUGUGUUGGAGUCCUUUACGAAAGAGGAAUGGAGUAACUGGAUUGAAUGUCUUAAUAGAACUAGUCUGAAAGAUAGAAUGAACGACAUUUCGCGAUGGUUUGCCAACACUUUAAAGGAAACCGAUGAAAAGCCGAUUAAGAAAGAACCAUAGAUAUUCCUCUUUUUAUAAACUAUAUAAUAAUGUCUUUAAUACACC